UUUAUUCUGAAAUGAAGGCGGAACACGGAGGUGGAGCGGAGGAAGUGGUCGCUGUGAGAUUAGCUGCUGACUGUCGGUAUCUCGGCUGUUCUGUGCUGUGUCUCCUCUGCUGCACAUAUUUGGACUGACACAUAGAGGAGGAUGACUGCGACCGUGCAAAACCCUUUCCAACAUCUAGUUGAGGCUCUGGACCCCAGCGAUCAAACGCGGCAGUUCUUCAACCUCUCCAAGCUCGGAGAUCCCAGAUAUGACCACCUGCCCUUCUCCAUCCGGAUCCUCCUGGAGUCGGCCGUCAGGAACUGCGACGAGUUUCUGGUGAAGCGCUCGGACGUGGAAAGCAUCAUGAACUGGAAGCAGACCCAGACCCAGACUGUGGAGGUCCCGUUCAGACCGGCCCGGGUCAUCCUGCAAGACUUCACUGGCGUUCCUGCCGUGGUGGACUUUGCUGCCAUGCGUGAUGCUGUAACCAAACUGGGUGCCGACCCAGAAAAGAUUAAUCCAGUUUGCCCGGCUGACCUGGUCAUCGAUCACUCCAUCCAAGUGGACUUUAACAGGAAGUCUGACAGCCUUCAGAAAAACCAGGACUUGGAGUUUGACCGCAACAAAGAAAGAUUUCAGUUCUUAAAGUGGGGCUCGAAGGCUUUCAAGAACAUGCGAAUCAUUCCUCCUGGUUCAGGAAUCGUUCACCAGGUCAACCUGGAGUACUUGGCCCGGGUGGUGUUUGACCACGACGGGUUCUUCUACCCCGACAGUCUGGUGGGAACCGACUCCCACACCACCAUGAUCAACGGGCUGGGUGUCCUGGGCUGGGGUGUGGGUGGGAUCGAAGCGGAGGCUGUGAUGCUGGGUCAGCCGAUCAGCAUGGUGCUGCCUGAGGUGGUGGGAUACAAGCUGUCCGGGACCCCAGACAAGUUCAUCACCUCCACUGACAUCGUUCUCACGGUUACCAAGCACCUUCGUCAGGUGGGCGUUGUGGGGAAGUUUGUGGAGUUUUUCGGCCCGGGUGUGGCUCAGCUGUCCAUCGCUGACAGAGCCACCAUCGCCAACAUGUGUCCAGAGUACGGAGCCACGGCAGCUUUCUUCCCCGUCGAUGACGUCAGCGUUCAGUACCUGGAGCAGACAGGUCGAGAACCAGAAAAGCUGACCUACAUUACAAAGUACCUGAAGGCAGUGGGGAUGUUCAGAGACUAUAAUAAUGUUUCCCAGGAUCCAGAUUUCACUCAGGUGGUGGAGUUGGAUCUCAGCUCGGUGGUUCCCUGCUGCAGCGGCCCCAAAAGACCUCAGGACAGAAUCGCUGUUUCCUCCAUGAAAAGCGACUUUGAAACCUGCCUGGGAGCAAAGCAAGGAUUCAAGGGUUUCCAGGUGGCCCCUGAUCUUCACACCGCUACCGUCCCCUUCCAGUUCAACGGACAACAAUACUCGCUGAGCCACGGCUCGGUGGUCAUCGCUGCCAUCACCAGCUGCACCAACACCAGCAACCCGUCCGUCAUGCUCGGAGCGGGACUUCUUGCUAAAAAAGCCAUAGAGUGUGGUUUGAGCGUGAAGCCGUACAUAAAGACGAGUCUGUCGCCCGGCAGUGGAGUGGUCACCUACUACCUGAAGGAGAGCGGCGUUAUGGACUACCUCUCUCAGCUCGGCUUUGAGGUUGUUGGGUAUGGUUGCAUGACGUGUAUAGGAAACAGUGGGCCGCUCCCAGAGCCGGUGGUGGAGGCCAUAACCCAGGGGGACUUGGUUGCUGCUGGCGUCCUGUCCGGGAACAGAAACUUUGAAGGGCGAGUUCACCCCAACACCAGAGCCAACUACCUGGCCUCUCCACCGCUGGUCAUCGCCUACGCUAUCGCCGGCACCAUGAGGAUCGACUUUGAGAACGAGCCCAUUGCCACCAACGCAGAAGGCAGACAGAUCUUCCUGAGGGACAUCUGGCCCACCAGGGAGGAGAUCCAGGCUGUGGAGAGAACGUUUGUCAUUCCGUCCAUGUUUAAAGAAGUCUAUGAGAAGAUCGAGAAAGUGAACGAACGCUGGAACUCUCUGGUUGCUCCGUCUGACAAGCUCUACACCUGGGACCCCCAGUCCACCUACAUAAAGUCACCGCCUUUCUUUGACGGUUUGACCAUGGAGCUGCAGCCUCCCAAGUCGAUAAAUGACGCCUACGUGCUGCUGAAUUUGGGAGACUCGGUGACCACGGACCACAUCUCUCCUGCAGGAAACAUUGCGAGGAACAGCUCUGCAGCUCGCUACCUGACCAGCAGAGGUUUGACCCCUCGAGACUACAACUCAUACGGCUCUCGUCGAGGCAACGACGCCGUCAUGGCCAGAGGAACGUUCGCCAACAUCCGCCUCUUCAACAAGUUCCUCAACAAGCAGGCACCACAAACUCUUCACCUGCCAACUGGAGAAACGCUGGAUGUGUUUGAUGCUGCAGAAAGGUACCAACAGUCCGGUGUCCCACUGCUGGUUCUGGCAGGGAAGGAGUACGGUUCAGGGAGCUCCAGAGACUGGGCAGCAAAGGGCCCUUUUCUACUGGGUAUUAAGGCAGUUAUAGCAGAGAGCUACGAGCGCAUCCACCGCAGCAACCUGGUCGGCAUGGGGGUGAUUCCUCUGGAGUAUCUACCAGGACAGACGGCUGACAGUCUGGGGCUGACCGGCAGAGAACGCUACACCAUCCCCAUCCCCGAGCAGCUCACGCCCAGAAUGGUCGUCGACGUGAAGCUCGACACGGGGAAAACAUUUCAAGUCCGGAUGAGGUUCGACACCGACGUGGAGCUGACGUAUUUCCACAACGGAGGAAUCCUCAACUACAUGAUCCGCCAGAUGUCUGAAAACUAAACGCGUUUAAUCUUACUCAUUCUCAGCUACAGUAGCAUAACGGUAAAAAACAAAUCAUGUAGUGGUUGUCAGAGUACCGUCCAAGAAUUGUCCAAUCAUUUCCCACACUUGACGCACUUACAGCAUUUACGGAGAACUGAUUUACAGCCACGGUUGUUCUCGUUUUUGAGACUGCUGCUGUUGACGAUAAAGCUAAAUAUAAAUGUGAGUGUUUAGUUGGUAUACGCAAUGGAAAACAAUGCUUGAUUCAAAGAUGGGAUUGGUAAAAAGUUCACUUUUUCAUCCAAUAUUUAAUCCUUAACUCUUACCUUUGCUGUUCAGUAUGUCAGAGAUGGCACUGCUUUCUUAGAGAUGCAGCUGAACCAAUUCAAGUGAGUCUUCCAGUUUAUUGUAGCUUGGGUCUUUGGUCAGUUGUGGUGACGUUAUGGAUUCUACCGUUGGUUUGUCACUGUUUUGGAUGGAAACGGUGGAAAGAAACACACAUGAUUGGUAGACCUCAAGGAUGGUGAUUAAUUUCCUCUUUGGGGUAAUUCUUUUUAUUUUUUUCCUCUUUGCACAGAUAAAGCACUGGACCACUAAAUGCAAGUGUCCAUAAAAUCCUCCUUAGAAACCCAAAAGCACUUAAAAAAAACAGGACACAAGCUGUAAUAAACCUUUAGAAGUUCAAGAACAUUAUGUACACUACCGUUAGAAAGUUUGGGAUCACCCAAAACACCAUUAGCUAACACAAUGUAGCAUUAGAACACAGGAGUGAUGGUUGCUGGAAAUGUUCCUCUGUACCUCUAUGGAGAUAUUCCAUUAAAAAUCAGCUGUUUCCAGCUAGAAUAGUCAUUUACCACAUUAACAAUGUCUACACUGGAUUCCUGAUUCAUUUAAUGUUAUCUUCAUUGAAAAAACUGCUUUUCUUUAAAAAAGGACAUUUCUAAGUGACCCCAAAGUUUUGAACUGUAGUGUAGAUGUCUGCUUUUAUUGUGAGAAGCUGAAGAAAAGUGACUGAGUGGACCAUGUGGUUGGGAAGGUUUUUCUCAGGGUUGUGUUGUUGUAAAUGGCUGUUUGAAGUGAUGGACCUCUAACUGAUGAAGGAAGAGUUAAUAAUUAUUCCAGUAAAGGUUACAUGGCAGCAUCAUUCCCCUCCAUGCUUUUUUCUGCCCUUGAGCUUGCCUCAUCAGGUUGUCAGUUCUACUUGUUUUUUGUCUUCUACUUCGUCUUUUCACUGUAAACCUGUUUUUGUCUUCAUGUCAUCGACUGCCUUAAUAUCGUUGUUUUGAUUUAAAGAUGUCAUUUCACUCUUACGUCCUAAAAGACUGACAGAACCAUUAACUUGGAAUCAUGAAGCAUUCAGCCACUGACUACUGACAGACAGAAUAAAAGGUGAUUUUUGAAAUUGUU